AUGCCGCCCAACAACCCUCUCUUGGCUGCACCGCGUGAGAUCAUCGAGCUUCUCUCAGAUGGCGACAGUGACGGCGACGUGGUUGCAACGCCUCGUCUUCACCGGCGGGACAAUGGGGCCCUGACACCCAGGUUUGGUUCGCCGGUGUCCACAACCGCAGGAUUCGAUGUGGAGUGGGAGGCCAUCAUGGCGGCCGUCGAGGACGAGGAGACAGCCGCAGCUGUGGGCCCGGAGCCGACUGCACUCUUCGCGAGAGAGGCGCAAUUCAUGACUGAAGACGAUUGUCUGGCAAAGGUCCUCGAGAUCUACCCUGAUAUAUCGCAUGAUCACGUGCGACAUAUGUUUCGUGGCGGCCUCGACGUGGGAAUGCUCUCCGAUAGCACGUGGUGCGACCAACUCAUUGUGCGUAUCCUGGAGGAAGGCAAGUACCCGACGGAGCGUGAGGCAAAGAGAGCGGCAUUGAAGCGGAAGAGAGAGCCAAGCGAGGAUGAUGACUUUGACCGCACGCCUAUGGCCAGCCGUCCUCAUGGUGCCGCCAAAGCGUAUCACGCUGCUGCUGUCAACGCCCUCCAGAACCAGUAUCGCGAAAUCCCCGUUGCAUUUAUCCAACACGUCCUCAAGCAACAGGGCACCUUUUACAAAGCCUUCCUCUGUCUCGAGGAAGCGGACCGCACAUAUUCUGCGACCGCUACCUCGGGAAGACCUUUUCGCAAAGUCCGCAUUCGCGAACCCAAACCUCUAAACACAGACCCCAUCGUUGACCAAGCCAUGGAGACUGUGCUCCAGGAACUUAGAGCAGCAAAGAAGAAGCUGGACCAAGACGCCGCCAAACGCCAACAGAAGGCGCAGAAGCUCCUGGAUGAAGAGCGCAACGCGGCUCAAGCCCGCUCCACGGGCGAUGAGUCGGAGUGCAUAGCCUGCUUCGACAAAGGUCCUACCAAUCGAAUGAUGUUCUGCGACGGCGCAGAGAUCCACUACCUUUGUCAAGACUGCGCUCGCAACUGCAUCAAUGCGGAGCUUGACGCAGGCAGAUGCCGCCCAAAGUGCUGUGCGCCGCACUGCGGAGCCGGCUUCUCUCGGUCGCAGCUUAUGGCCUUUCUUGACCCCAAGGUAUUCGAUCGCUUAGAGAGGUUGCAACAGCAGGAUGAUCUGCGUGCGGCCGGCCUCGAGAACCUAGAGGCGUGCCCUUUCUGCGACUUUCAGGCCGAGUGCGACCCUGUGGAAGUUGAUCGCGAGUUCCGCUGCCAAGCCGAUAACUGCGGCAUCGUGAGCUGCAGGCUCUGUCACUUGGAAAGCCACGUCCCUUUGACGUGCGACGAAGCCGCAAAGGACCGCAAGAGCAGCGUCCGCCACCAGAUCGAAGAGGCCAUGACCAGGGCCCUUGUCAGAACUUGCAACGGAUGCAAGACGCCUUUCACGAAGAGCGAUGGAUGCAACAAGAUGGCUUGCCCCAAGUGUGGUCAUGUGCAGUGUUACAUCUGUGCCAAGAGCGUUCAGAAUUACGAUCACUUCCAUAAUUCAAACGGGAGCUGCCCCCUCUACGAUGACAACAUAGAAAGACGCCACAUGAACGAAGUCAAGGCCGCCGAGGCCAAGGCCCUCGAGGAGGUCAAGAAGUCCAAUCCAGACAUGACAAACGAGGAGCUUAGUGUCAAACUCUCGGAGAGUGUCCGUAAAGAGGAACAAAAGCGAGUUGCAGCUGCUGAACGCCGUCGUCACCCAGCCGGACUCUUCCACCACCGUCUACCAGGAGAUCCUAUUGAGAUACCUGCCGCGGGAAGACGACGUGGACGCAACCCUCUGCCGCUUGAUCCAAUUGCAGAGCCUAUGGUAGGCGUGCCUCCCCGCUGGAUGGUCCCUCCGCUACCAGACUUCGAUGCCUUCAACCCCGCUCCGGAUCGGGAUCGGAACAACCUCCAGCAGAUUCAGGCAAAUCUCGACCACCUACGGCAGCUCCAAGCACAUGUCGAUGCCGCAAGAGCCAAUGUGCGCCGCCCAGAUGGCAUCAAUCCAUUUGGAGCGCACGACGGCAACUACUUCGGAUUCAAUGCUAUGUUGCCCGCGAACAACCUGGACAACGGCUACGCUGCGCCUCGUCAUUACGAAUAUCGGCGUCUGGUCCCCGAACAGCCCCGGGCUGCCUUAGGCUAUUACGGCCAGGCACAGCAGAAUGUCGGACAGCCUGCGCUUGACAGGGACCGUCUUGCUGCAGAUCUAGUAGCCCGGCAGAGGCUUCGGGCGGCUCAAAUGCCGGCGCCUGUCGGGCAGGCUGUAGCUCCAGGGCAGGUGCGCUACAACAGACUGCCCACGUUGGUCCACCCGGCGGGUCAAAACCUGCGACAACAUCAACAACAAGAACCGGUCGAGGAACAAAACGUGAACAGGAAUUCGGCUAUACUACGACACCAACAGCCUUAA